CUCUUUUCCAUUUCCUGUGAAUUAGAUUUCUCUCUCCUGUUGAGUCUAUCUCAACUUUAUUUCACAAAGAACCUGAUUCUCUGAACACCAAGCCAGUAAUUGCUUUUUCAUCCAUCCACCUUCUUUUUCCACACAGCAGAGCUUCAGUUACUGCUAUAGUACAACAAACAAACCAUCUCAUUCCCAUACCCUUUUUGUCUCUCUCUCUCAAAAACUCUCUGAACCUUGCUCUUCCACUUCACCUUCACUAGAGAGAUAGAUCAAACACACACACACACACACACACACACUAACACAUUGGUUCAGUUGUAGAAAAUGGACAAGCCUCGAAACGUGAGGUGUGGAAGCAAUGUGUUCUCAAACUCCAACAAACGACGACACGUCAAGAAAAAACACAUCGGAAGACCCAAAAAACUCUUGGGUGUUUUCUCUGCUGCUAUUCGUGGGGACCUUCAAUUCUCGGCCAAAUCGAAGAAACUUAGAAGCUUGAGUGCUGUGAGCAUAGCAUUAACAUCAAGCCAACAACACUGCCAAAUGGGGUACAAUGUUUCUGAAGAACAAGCACACGACCAACCUUCUUCUUCCACUGUCAGCAAGAGAUUUAAGAUUCCAAAGAAUUUUUUGAAUGGCUGCAAUGGUGUUCAUCAUGCUGUUGUUCCACGGAAGAUACGUUCAGCUAUGAAGAAGCGAAAUCGCGAAUCCAUCUUACUUGAUUCAGAAAAGGUGAACCAUAAGAUCAGUGGAACAGAAUCUACAGGAAAGGAUAGUGUAAAGAAGUCCAAAAAGAAACAAAGAAUUAACCCAGAUUGGUCCCCAAGAGGAGUUUCUGUUUCUGGGCCUAUCACAAAAGAUGAAGAAGAGGUUGCAGAGACUCUGUUUGCCUUGGCUGGAAUGUUUCAUAACAAUGGCUCCAAACAUAAUGUUGAAGGAUUUGAAGGACUUCAAGGAGAACCAAUGCCAGAGAACUCCACAGUUUUGCAGGACUUGAAGGAGCAUGCUAAUGUUGCUCUUGAAGGCUCAGCAACUGCUCGAGGUCCUGAAAGUUCACUCAGAGAAGCUUCAAGAAUCAGUUCUAUAAAUGAAACUAGUGGUCAAGAACAGGCUGUGGUGGUGAAGCGCGAGAAUCGCAACAAUGUUGCUUUGCCGAACUCUGAGUUAUGUCUAGCAAUGGGAUUAAAUAUGACUUUGCAAUCACGGAUUUCACAAAUUGAGAGGAAACCAGAUGUGAAAUUUCAGACGGCCACAGACGUUGAUAGUAAGCAGAAACAGGGACAAUUAGGAAAUGGUCUUACAUUGUGGCCAAGCUUUUCUUCUGUAGCAUCUCCUAGCCAAGCAAAUCAUCAAUUUUUCUUUUCAAGGACAAUUGCUGCUAAAGCUCCUGAUUGGUUGGAAGCUGCUAUCUGUGCCUCCAAACAUGAUAUGAUAGAAACUUCAACUUGUUCUUCUAGUGGGAAGCAGAUUUCUGAAGUUGCUACUCACAAAAGAUCAUGGAAGAGGUGUGCAGCUCAUGUCCACAUUAGUCAUUACAUCAAGAGUUUAGAGGUGCCAAAAGGACAAGUUAUCAAGGAACCUGAGAUUUAUGAAUGUCAUCAAAUGAGAGCACAUGAAGGAUCAAAGCAUGGAGUUCUUUUGGAAGUACAUAGCUUGAACAGAAUGAGAAAUGGAGUUCCUUCUGCUACUGUGAGGAACCCUCAAGAAAGCCAGAACUGUAUUCUUCAGCAGCAGUGUCAUUAUGGUGACAUAUCACUGGCUGCUCCAACAACUGAGGUGUAUGGUACACAAAAGCAGCAAAGUUUCAACUUCUUGUCGUUGUCAGUUGGAAGUGAUGGGUUAAAGGUUGACAAUAAUUACAAUAAAAUUGAGCCAUUGUCAAAGUUUCAAGUGCCUUAUUUGCAGUCACUAGCACAGCAGUAUGGGGUCAUGCCACUUCAUAGUCAGUAUGCCUCGACUUCUUACCAAACUCAGCUUUCAGUUGCAGCUCCACAGGUUCGGUUGCAGCAACCUCAUUAUAAUGGUAGCAUGAUACGUGGAACUCAAUAUAGUUCAACAGUCUCAAGUAAACAAGAGCAGCAAAACUUUUGGGGGGUGCAACAAGCAGCUCAAUCCAGGUCUGCUGUGAAUUGCAAUAUUAUUAGGACCCAAUAUCCUAAUUGGCAAAGUGGAAGGAACCAUCACUCUUCUGCAGGGAGUCCAUGUGUCCAAGCAAUCAUUCCCCAUUUCCCUGCUUCACAAGAAAUAUUUGGAUCCAAGAUUACUUCAAUUUCAAUCUCUGGGAAACAGCAGCAUCAGCAGCUCAUUCCCCCCAUCCAAGACAGGUGGGCUAGACCUACCUCUCCUUUUUGUUUGUGAAGAAAUUAGGUACAAACUCCCAAAGAGUGGUACAAGUACAGCAUUGCUUCAAGUGUAAUACUCAUGUGAUGAGCUUUACAAGAAUGCAAUUCAUCGUUUUAUUUCUAGGCUUAA